AUGACUGUUAACAUGACUUCCACUCAGUUUGUGUCAUCAAUGAAUGAAACAUUUUUUCGUCCAACAUUUUACAUUAGUGGACUUUACAACAUUCCACAUGCAAAGUACUACUAUGUAUUUUUAUGUUUUGUGUACGCUGUGACUGUUUUAGGGAAUUCUUUUAUAAUGGGCACCAUAUACCUGGCACAGAGUCUACACACUGCAAAGUAUAUAGCAGUCUUCAACUUGGCCUUCUCUGAUCUGUGUGGGAGCUCUGCUCUUGUUCCAAAGCUUCUGGACAUGUUUCUGUUUGAUAACCAGUACAUAUCGUAUGGAGCCUGUUUGGCAAAUAUGUUUUUUGUGUAUUGCUUUAUGACUCUACAGUCUCUUACUCUGCUUGCUUUGGCUUAUGACAGACUGGUUGCCAUAUGUUUCCCUCUGAGGUAUCAUGCUGUUGUAACCAAAACAGCUAUGAGUCUGAUCAUAGGUAUUAUGUGGAUUGUCUCUGUAACUGUAAAUGCUCUUCUUGUAUCUCUGGUUACUAGAUUGUCCUUUUGUAGAUCUACUACAGUUAACAGCUAUUUCUGUGAUCAUGGACCUAUCUAUAAAUUAGCUUGUAAUGAUAAAUCUAUCAAUUCUGUAAUGGGUUAUGUCUGUACAGCUGCUCUGCUUUACAUUCCAUUGAUAUUAAUAACUAUAUCAUAUGUUUGUAUAGGUGUUGCAUUGCGGAAAAUUGCACGUGGUGGUGAACAAAUCAAAGCUAUGAAAACGUGCACCUCUCACAUCAUUUUAGUGGCUUUGUUUUAUGUACCAAUUAUUAGUAUUUACACUGCAGCUCUUACAACAUCUAUAGAUACAAAUAUCAGGAUAAUCAACACUGCUCUUACACAAACUAUUCCACCCAUGUUAAACCCAAUCAUAUACACUCUCAAGACAGAGGAGGUCAUGCAGUCAAUUAAAGUACUCUACAAACGAUCCAAGAUGAAGUCUGCAAUGAAACAAGCUGAGGCAAGAAGGAGGCGUCACCAGUGCCCGCCCCAGAGACAGGCAAAACCGCUGGUGCGCUUCCUGAGGCGUCUGCCCCAAUGCCAGAGAAGCCGCCGCCACCCAACUCGGCGAAGGGCGAACCCCCACAGCAGAGUAACUGUGCCAGUCCCAGUCACACUUAAUGUGUCUGUCACUUUGUCUCCCUUCGUGUCUGUGCCUGUACCCAUCAGUGUGUCCGUCCAUGUGUCUGUUGUCGUCUUGGCUCCUGUCUUCUUCCCUCUGUCCUGCUCACGCUGA